AUGAAGGAGCCUUCAGUCGAACUGGACGAUCGACAACAUGUUCUCAUUCCCGAUACUCCAAAUACCCCAGAUAUUCCCAAAGGAAUCGAGGUGGCGGAAAACCCAGCUCAGUACCUAACAGGAAUCCGACUUUAUGGUGUGACUGCGAUACUUUGCUUGUGUCUGUUUUUGACCAACCUCGAAGUUCCGAUCGUUUCAACGUCGCUGCGUACUUGCUUGGAUAUGGCGGGGGGUUUCCACACUUUUGCAGGUGUUCUGGUUGUUUGCGCAAAAUUGAGUGAUAUCUUUGGUCGCAAAACAUGUAUUAUCACCUCUAUCGGUAUAUUCGUCGUCUUCUCAGCUGCAUGUGGUGGCGCGCAGACAAUGACUCAAUUAAUUGUUUUCCGCGCGUUGCAAGGCCUCGGAGGAGCUGGAAAUUACGCUAUUGCCACGAUUAUUGUUAUCGAGAUGGUCCCGCCCGAGAAAUACGCUAAAUAUACUGGAGGAGUUGCCUCGGUGUUUAUCUUCUCCCUUCUCUUUGGGCCUAUUUGGGGCGGUGCGAUCACCCAACACUCUACCUGGAGAUGGAUCUUUCUACUCAAUAUUCCACCGGGAGUCAUUGCGAUCGUAUGCUUGGUUCUACUAUUGCCAAACGGAUUCCCAUUUCACUAUAAGUCGCCCGAGGAUCGGGGUACUUGGGGCGAAGCAUUUAUGAAAGCAUACCACCGCAUUGACAUUAUAGGUGCAUUUUCACUGACCGCAGCGACCGUGCUAGUUGCGGCCGGUCUGAAUGAAGCCAAUGAGGAAUUUUCCUGGCGAUCUGCCUUCACUAUCACCGUGCUGGUUCUCUCGGGUCUAAUGUGGAUUUUCUUUACUCUGUGGGAACGCCGGGUAACCCUAAAAGCGACAUUGGUCGAGCCCGUGUUUCCUUGGCGGUUCUUCAAGAACCGAGUAUGGAUGGCGAUGCUACUCAAUUCUAUCUUUCUCGGUAUGAAUUGGUUUGCGGCUAUCUUCAUCAUCCCCCAACGUUUUGAGAUCGUGAACUCGCUUUCUCCUUUUCAAGCUGCUGUGCGGUUUAUUCCGUUUUCACUACUUUCCCCUAUUGGAUCGCUAGUAUCACCGGGUCUUGCAAAGGGGGCCAAAGUGCCCAUGAUGUAUUUUCUGGUCGCUGGUGCAGCUGUACAAAUCGUUGGGUAUGGCCUUCUAGGAACCCUUCCUACCGACGGUGAAAUUCGCGCUCGUGAAUACGGGUAUCUCGUCCUGGCUGGGUUUGGAUGUGGUUUAUGUACUCCAAUUCUGACUUUGAUGGCACCCUUUGCCACUGAAAAGCAAGACCAUGCGGUUGCUAUGGGAGCCAUUGCCCAAUUCCGAAUCUUGGGCGGCUCUAUCGGUCUGGCGAUUGUCACUGCUAUUGAACACAGCUACCUGCGUGGGCAUCUGAGCAAAUUUUUGACUGGUAGCGUGGUCAAAGCUGUUCUAGAUUCCACCGCAGUCAUUGCGUCACUGCCUAGCGAUACGCAGGCUCACGUCCGUGGGACAUAUGGGGGUAGUUAUAAUCUACAGAUGAACGUCCUCGCUGGAAUGGCAGGAAUCCAGCUACUAACAUCGUUCUUGAUGUGGCAGAAUAAUCUGAUCAGGGUGGCAUAA